CUUUGAGUAAAGCCAACUCAUCUGUGUUUGGAUUUGAUGCAAUGCGAGUGGAAGUUAACAAUAUUUGACAGUGUGUUGUGCUAUAUACAUGGUAGUUAGCUCUUUUUGUUACCGAAAUGGAUUUAGUUUAUUUAUUAUUGGGCAUUAUAGCCGUUAUAAGAAAUGUAGAAGGAAUAAUGUGGAAAAUGGAACCAAAUACACAAAAAUGUUUGAGAGAAGAAAUCCAGUCUGACGUUCUUGUGACGGGGGAUUAUGAAGUAUCUCCAGCUCCAGGGCAGAAAGUGGAUUAUAUAGUUAGAGAUUCAAAAGGUCAUAUUCUGUCACAGAAGGAGGAUAUAUCGAAAGGAAAAUUUUCGUUUGUGACUGAAACGUACGAUAAAUUUGAAAUAUGUUUCACAUCACGUGUGCCACCCAAUCAGAGGGGUGUAGUCCAAGAAGUUUCUCUUAUUACCAAAAGAGGUGUUGAGGCCAGAAAUUAUGAAGGUAUGAUUGGAGAAGCAGCUAAACUCAAACCUCUAGAGGUAGAAUUAAAGCGCCUUGAAGAUUUAUCUGAUGCUAUUGUUAAAGACUUCUCUCUUAUGAGGAAGCGGGAAGAAGAAAUGAGAGAUACAAAUGAAUCAACAAAUAGCCGAGUCCUGUACUUCAGCAUUUUCAGUAUGUGCUGUCUUUUGGGUUUGGCGACAUGGCAGGUUUUGUACCUACGAAGAUUUUUCAAAGCCAAGAAACUUAUUGAAUAAUUGUCGUCAUUGGUGAUUUGGUGUAAAUUAACCAUAGUGGCUUUGCAAUCCUCAUGUCUGCUGUUUCUCACUACAGCAAGUGAAGAACUCUGGCAGCACAUGAACUUGAGUUGUUUGUGAAUUUGAUGUGACACGUCAUCCAUGUGAGUUGAAUUACAUUGGACUGUGUGACUUCUUUUAAUUGUUUGUUUCGUUUCACUGUGUUGUGCGGAUGAAUUGUAUGAUUGCAUUGUCACAAGUUGUUACUUACUCGACUGUAACUGUAUUUGACAAAACAUUCUUCAGAACUUGUGAACCUCAUUAUCUGUGCUGUCUUAAAAGCUGUUUUGUACAAAAGAACUGAAAUUUACAAUAUUUGUUACAAUGCACAUUUUCUUAAAAUGUUUGUAACAUGCUGUAAAUUAUUAAAAAAUAUUUAUUUAAGAUAUUUCGAUUUUCUCCAUCCUGGAGGUUUAUGCUCAGUAGUAUGAGCAUAAGUCAUGUACAGUAAUUGAUUUGCUGAAGAGACAUUUAGUAAUGAGACUGAUUAGUAAAAAAAUGAGCACAUGCAUUUGAUGUCAGAGAUCAGAAGUAAGUCAGCUUAUGUAAAAGUAGGGUGGCAGAUUAUGUCAGGUUACUAUAUUUGAAUUGUGCCUUGGCUGAAGAAAUUACUAAAGAAGAAGAGGCAUUAUGCAUUUACUGUUAAAACCAUUUGCAUUUCAGGAAAUCAAGCUACGCACUAUGUUUUCCCAUACAUAUCUCAUGAAAUGACCAGCUGGCAGAAUGAAGAAAUUUGAUCUUAUACAAAGGAUUAGCAAUAGUCUUGCUCCAUGCGCACCAUUUGUGAAUUGAACAUGAAGGCAGACUAUUUAGUUGCACAGUGUAUUGUCAUCCACCUUCUGUGAGACACCUUGUGGUGUAUAAAUGUAAAAAAUAAAGUUGAUCUGUCUGAA